GAACCGGAAGUCAGAAACCUGCUGUGUAAUCGUACCGUUUUUUAGCUGUUGAAGAAGCAGCUUCUUUUUCUAGGAGACACUUAAAUCUCACAUUUAACAUGCCGGACUACUUGGGAGACUCUCAAAGAAAGACCAAGGAACCGGAGAAAGAUGACGCACCUAUCAGAUCUUUGGAUGAAGGAGACAUUGCUCUGCUGAAAACAUAUGGACAAAGCACCUACUCCAGACAGAUCAAACAAGUUGAAGAUGACAUCCAGCAGCUGCUCAAGAAGAUCAACGAGCUCACAGGCAUCAAGGAGUCGGACACAGGCCUGGCUCCUCCUGCACUCUGGGAUCUGGCUGCAGACAAACAGACUCUGCAGAGCGAACAGCCGCUGCAGGUUGCGAGGUGAGUACAGCUGACUGAUCUCUCCAUCAAUG